UGAGCGAGCGCCAUCUUUAGCGUGAUUGGUUUUGAAAGGGAGCUCUAGAUCGGCAGCCAUAAUCAAACAAAAGUGUGUUUUGUGACGGAAUGACGGAUAUUUGACGGUUUUUCCUAGUUUUUCGGUGGUGAUUGUUCAAAAGUACACAAAUGAGCGCUAAAUUAGACGUAAACAGACGCGUCCUGGCCAUUCAGGCGAAAAAGAAGCGACACAAGCCUGGAAAAAAGAAAGGCAAAAUGGAAAAGAACGGUCAUGGUGAAAAUCGAAUCCACUCGAAAAACGAACCCUCCCAUAGUUCAAGCAAUGAGACUAUCGAGGAUCCGGACACACCUUACACGAGCGAUGAGGAGGAGCAGGAGGACAGCACUGAUUACCGCAAGGGAGGUUACCACCCUGUUAAAAUCGGCGACCUCUUUCUAGGAAGAUACCAUGUCACCCGUAAACUAGGUUGGGGUCAUUUUUCCACUGUUUGGCUUUGUUGGGAUUUGGACGAUAAACGAUUUGUGGCGUUGAAAAUCGUCAAAUCUGCCGAACAUUUCACUGAAACUGCACUCGAUGAAAUCAAAAUUCUGAAAGCAGUGCGGGACUCCGAUCCGAUGGAUCCCAAAAGGAACAAAACCGUUCAACUCCUGAACGACUUCAAAAUUAGUGGAGUCAAUGGGGUGCAUGUCUGUAUGGUAUUCGAAGUGCUUGGCCACCAUUUACUCAAGCUGAUCAUCAAAUCCAACUACCACGGAAUACCCCUCGAGAAUGUGAAAACCAUUAUGAGGCAGGUGCUGGAGGGGCUCGACUACCUGCAUACAAAAUGCAGCAUCAUUCACACAGAUAUCAAACCAGAAAACGUUCUAGUAUCAGUAUCUGAAGAUUACAUCAGUCGGCUUGCGUAUGAAGCCACUGAAAUGCACCAGUUAGGAGUUAAACUACCCACUUCUUUCAGAAGUACCGCGCCGCCGCAGGAAGUGCAGCCGCAAAAAAUGAGCAAAAACAAGAAAAAGAAGCUGAAAAAGAAGGCCAAGAGGCAAAAUGAACUGCUAAAGAAACAGAUGGAGCAAAUUAUUGAAAUAGAGGAAAAGAAAAAAGUCAAAGAGCAUGGUGAUGUUAAUGGUGAAAUAGAUUGUAAUGGCACCAACAAUGGGAGUCCGGAGCGAACUGUCGAAGACCCGGAACAACUAACAAAUGGUAUAACGCAACUUGGGGGCGGCGAAAACAUGAUUUCCUGCGAAGACCCCUCUAUUGCGGAUGCAGUCGUGAUUAUGUCUGAGGAUGAUUCUCCCUCGUUAACUUCGAAGAGUGAAAGCAAGAUGGAUUUGGACCCAGCAUUCGUGGAAUGUGAUUUUGAAGUUAAAAUUGCUGAUCUAGGCAAUGCGUGUUGGGUGGACAAGCAUUUCACCGAAGACAUCCAGACCCGACAAUAUCGAUCGUUGGAAGUCCUACUUGGAUCGGGAUACAACACAUCUGCAGACAUCUGGAGCACUGCUUGUAUGGCUUUUGAAUUAGCCACUGGCGACUAUCUGUUCGAGCCUCAUUCUGGAGAUGACUAUUGUCGGGACGAAGACCACCUGGCCCACAUUAUUGAGUUGUUGGGCCCAAUACCCAAGAAAAUCGCUCAAAGUGGCACCAAUUCCAAACUGUUUUUCAACAAGAGAAAUGAGCUGCGCCACAUUACCGGUUUAAAACCCUGGUUUUUAGAGGACGUUCUCAGAGACAAAUAUGACUGGAAACGUAAGGAGGCUGAAGAAUUCGCGGCAUUCCUAAAACCGAUGCUUGAUUUUAACCCAGACACCCGAGCCACUGCCGCCGAAUGCUUAACCCAUCCAUGGCUGAAGAAGAACCACCACCAUCUCUCUCCAGGUGACUGAUCAUCAAAUUGCUUCUUUAGAUCUGACUAGUGCAUUGAAAAUGUUUUUUUUGUUCAAAAAUGCAUCAAUUACCGCCUUAUUUACAUUUUAUUUUUACCCACAACAAUUGGGCCUUUAUUUAAUGUAAAUAGAUUUUUAAUAGAAAAUUGUGAUGUAUGUGUUUUAUAAUAGACAAUAUAAAUGUCCCUCAUAGGCUGCCUAGGUUUCGUAUUUUCAGAUUACUAGUAACAAAUUUAUUUUACGUUGAAGCGAAGAAACUGGCCAAAAAUAGCUUAACAUUUGCGGUAGUGUUAAAAAACAGACUAUCUGAAAUAGAACAUUACACAGUAACACAGUUUGCCAGGAAGGUGGAAAUUCCGAGUCAGUAGGUCAGUGUUUAUUAACAAGCAAACCACUAUUUUUGUGUCGGCGCUGCUUCACUCUUAACUGUGAUUUACAUUUUUUGUUUAAUUUGCCACUCAAUUGCGGAGUUAGGAAGAAUAACUAUCGAAUUACGUUUUUCUUUUUAUUUAUUUUUUUAUGCAUUCGUUUUAUUGAUAACUGCCAGUUGCCCAAUAUUUUAAAGUACAUUGUUAACGUUGGCUAGCUUAAGCACCAUCAAAUGCUUCCAAAUGAAACAGACCUAUUUUUGGUCAGUUACGUGUCCUAUGUGUAGCCAGGGGACAGCUGUCCCAAGAUAUACUACAUACAAUAAUAUUAAUUAGUAGACGCGCAUUCGUGGGUUCCGUAACUAAAGCACCAACUUUGUAUUUAGGUCUUUAAAGAUAUACUUAAAAAAUGCAUAUACAAUGUACAUUGAAUAUUUAAGUAUACUUACAGUUAAUUGGUUGUGUUUUAUUGCCUCGAACAACACGAUCAGCUCUGUGGUGUGAAUUAGAUCGAAUACAGAUUCAGUUCUAAGUUCUAUAAGUGGGUAAAGUAAAAUGUAAAAAGAAAUAAUUCCGCGUCGAUUCUCUGUGAUUUAAUUUCUCAUUAAAUUGUUCAACAACUUUA